GGAUUGCUUAGUCUGCUGUGAAGACACCUCUGAAACACCCAAGAACCAAGACUUGAAGCAGCACAGGUUUUGGGUUGUUUUUUACUUCUUUUGGGAGUUCACUUCCAUUGAAGUGAAAUGGCAUCCAUUUAUAAAUGUUUAGCAGGAUUAGGAGUGAUUCUCAUUUCACCUGUUGUAGUACCAGCGCUGUUUUGGGGGCGGUUUCUCUGUGACCUUCUCCAUUUAGAACUGCCACCUGGAAUUGACCAACCUCUAAAGCUUCUGUUUUACCAUUUGCUGUUGAUUACCACCAUGGUGCUGGGAAAGAUUUUGGAGACGCUUGGGAUCUGCAGUGAUUUAAGCUUACUGCGACUUGUGGUGGAUGGAAUACCACCAUGGAGAGAUUCAAACCUUCUUAUCAAAGACCUCGUAGUAGAUGAGGUACCACUGAGGAUUUAUCAGCCCAAGUGGCCCCCUGCUGGCAAAAGAAGAGGAAUACUGUAUUUUCAUGGAGGAGCUGGCACAUUUGGGAGUAUUAGAGCCUUUGAAAGAGUGUGCCGCUAUAUUGCCAAAAAAUGUGACUCGGUGGUUGUGUCUGUUGGCUAUCGCUUGGCUCCUGAACACCCAUAUCCUGGGCAGUAUUCUGAUUGUCUCAAUGCUACCUUAUACUUCAUGAGGAAUUUAGAUGAGUAUCACGUGGAUCCUGCUCUCAUCAUCCUUGGUGGUGACAGCUGUGGAGCUAACUUUGCUACGGUUAUUUGCCAAAUACUGGUGAAUAAAAGAGAUCUCCCAAAAGUACGUGCACAGAUCUUAUUGUAUCCAGGACUACAGGGGCUAGAUUUUCAAUUGCCCUCCUAUCAGCAGAAUGCUUUAAUCCCCAUAUUGUCUCGGAAGUUAGUCAUCUACUUCUGUUUUCGUUACCUUAAUAGAAAACCAUCAUAUUUGGAAGAUAUCAUACAAAACUGCCACGUUCCUGAGAGCACGAAAUGGAAAUACAAAAAAUGGAUAAGUGCUGACAAUAUUCCUGAUGAGUUUAAGAUUAGAGGCUACAAACCUCAGAAGCUCACCUCAUAUAAACCCGAAGUCCAUGAAGCAGUCAAAGAAGUGUUAGCAAUGACAUUUUCCCCCCUUUUAGCUGAAGAUGCCAUCAUUUGCCAGCUCCCUGAGUCCUACAUUGUGACCUGUGAGUUUGAUGUGCUUAGAGAUGAUGGGCUGUUGUACAAGAAGCGAUUAGAGGACAACGGCAUUCGAGUAACCUGGUAUCAUUCUGAGGGUGGUUUCCAUGGCAUUUUAGCCUUUUUUGGCUAUGGGAUUUUUUCCUUUUUAUCUGGAAAAAAGAUAAUGGAUAAUACUGUGAAUUAUAUAAACAGUCUAUAAAAGUAUUUCUCAGAAAAAUGAUGCAGGCCUGACAUUACCCUUGGUGAAUUUAUGCUUGGCAAAGAACGCAAACACAUUUGAUUUAUGUUUUCUAUUUUGACUGCAUGAGGAAUCCAAUUUCUCAUUCUGCAGUUACUCACCAAAAAUUCUAAGGUUAUUUAAAGCACCACCAUUCUAGAAAAUACUACAAUAAAAACACACCAAAGAGAUCAAGCACCUGGCACUGAUUCACUUCACCUCCAGCUGUUCUGGUAGCUUUGCACAGCUGGCAUGCAGUCAAAUAACACAGAAUCACAGAAUCACUAAGGUUGCAAAAGACCUCUAAGACCAUUUAUCCCAGCCAUCCACCUACCAACAAUACUGCCCACUAAACCAUCUCUUCCUGAAGUCUUCUCUACAUCCCACAAAUGCUGAAGACAACAACUGGAGGUCAUUUUUGGUCCUGGUGAAGGUAGGAAGC